UUGCAAUGGAGAAGAGGAAUCUGGAAUUGAAGCUGAAUGAAGGUCUUCAAUGGUGAGAUUGUUGUUGGAUAAUCGAUACAUAGAAGAGAAAGGGCUACCAUAUCGAGGAAGGAAGUCAUCACUGUGAUUGCGAUGGUGCUUCAAUGGAGUAGGACCCUAGGUCAAAUGUACAGGGUAGGGAGGCAGAAGAAGUCAGAAGUGGUUAGAGAUGUAUAUAGUUUUUGGUUCCAGAGUAUUUCUAGGGUUCCAUCUUUUGAGGUGCCAAUAGCUCCAGGUUCUACCAGAAAGAGUUAUGCAGCUAAAUCAGAGGGGCAAGCUUUGGAGCAACUGGUAAAUUUGAACAAGAUGUUCCGUGCCAAGCCGAGGUCAUUGGCCUUGCCACCUGGAUCCUCGAAGAGGAUUAACGAGCCUAAUUAUGAGGGUAUCCGCCGAUUUAUCCUCAGAUUGAUGCUCUUUUAUAGUAAACAGAGCACGUCUAUUCGAGCAGCAAAUGUUAUAUAUCGCCGUGUUAUUUCUCAAGUUGAUAAACCGUCAGUUUAUGAUGUUCUUUGCUUGGAGAAGACCUUUAGAACCACAUUCUCCAUGCUCAUGUUAUACAUGUGGCUCUGUUUGCGCCGCUUGAAAGUGGAAGGAAAGGAAGGUGUUGAACUGGGACAGUAUGUGUAUGAGAUAUAUAAUCAUGAUUUAGAGAUGAGGGUUUCUAAAGCUGGGGUUAAUUUGCUGCUGUCUAAAUGGAUGAGAGAGUUGGAAAAAGUAUUUUAUGGUAAUAUUGUUGCUUAUGACACUGCCAUGCUUCCAGAAGCUAAACCGGAUGAAUUGCAAAAUGCAAUAUGGAAGAAUGUAUUCUCCGAUGAUGGUUCACCAACAUAUGAUGCUACUGCAUUACCAGCUGUCCUGGCUUUCUCAAGAUAUGUCCGGCGAGAAUGCACUUGCUUGUCAUUGACAGAUAAAGAAUCAAUGUUCUCCGGCAACUUCAUGUUCACCCCUCUGGAGAACCCGAAUGUCUAAGAUGGCAUUCUAGCACCAACUCAAGGUUGUUGUCAAGUGGCAUCGCAGCAUAAACGGACCCUUGCCAAACAACCAAUUUUAUCAAGCCAAUGCCAUGGCUUGUGCUUCAAUCUUGAUCUUGAUCUGAGUUAUGAGUUCGAGUUCUAUUCGUUUGUAUUACUCUAGAAUGUCAUCAGGGAUGUAAAAACCGAGGGAGUUUUUUAAUAUACAAAAUAUAGG